CAUCAACAGCUUCAAUACACAAACUCAUCAAACUUUCAUCUCAUUUCACUUCUUUUUCAAUCUUCUUUCCAUAAUAUCAUUUAAUGGCUGCUUCAACGAUGGCUCUCUCUUCUCCUUCUCUUGCUGGAAAGGCAGUGAAGCUAACUCCAUCCAUUCCAGAAGCUGAAGGAAGAAUUACCAUGCUCUUCCAGAAAAAGACGGCGGCAAUGGCAGCUAAAUCAUCUAAACCUGCCGUUUCAUCUAACAGCCCAUGGUAUGGUCCUGACCGAGUUAAAUACUUGGGACCUUUUUCCGGUGAGGCUCCAUCAUAUCUCAAUGGUGAAUUCCCUGGUGAUUAUGGUUGGGAUACCGCUGGGCUAUCUGCUGAUCCUGAAACUUUCGCCAAGAACCGUGAGCUUGAGGUGAUUCACUGUAGAUGGGCUAUGCUCGGAGCUCUAGGAUGCAUCUUCCCCGAAUUGCUCUCACGCAAUGGUGUUAAAUUCGGUGAAGCGGUUUGGUUCAAAGCUGGAGCACAAAUUUUCAGUGAGGGAGGAUUGGACUACUUGGGUAACUCAAGCUUAGUACAUGCUCAAAGCAUUUUAGCUAUUUGGGCUACACAAGUAAUCUUGAUGGGCGCAGUUGAGGGUUACCGUGUUGCCGGUGGACCUCUUGGUGAGAUUGUCGACCCACUUUACCCCGGUGGCAGCUUCGACCCUCUUGGACUUGCUGACGACCCAGAGGCUUUUGCUGAGUUGAAGGUGAAGGAGAUAAAGAAUGGAAGAUUGGCUAUGUUUUCCAUGUUCGGGUACUUCGUUCAAGCAAUUGUGACCGGUAAAGGACCUUUAGAGAACUUGGCAGAUCAUCUUGCUGAUCCUGUUAGCAACAAUGCCUGGGCUUUUGCCACAAAUUUUGCCCCUGGAAAGUGAGUGUCAGAGCUAGUGUCAAUUCAUUAGUGACCUGGUAAUAAUUCUACCAGGUAGUGUUUAUGUUUUAGUGAUGUAAAUAGAUCUACUUGAGAGUACACCUUUCAAAUUAUGCGAUUUUUCUGUAAUUUGAUUUCAUUUUUAACCAAUGAACUUAAUUUUAAGCUCUUCAAUAAGGUUUCACAAU